AGCUUGUCCAUCUCAAGCCAGAUGCGCACUCGCGCCGGGCGCAGGCUGCAGGAAUGGCAGCUCAGGGCCGAGUGGGCCAGUCCCACGUUCUUGGCCACAACGGCAGUCAGAUGACACUUGCGCAAAACUCAGCAACCCGGCGUGCUCUGGCUGCGUCUGUCACGCACGCCGCCCUGGAGAGAGCUCGAGCAGAGCGCGAGGCUCCACUUAGCACUUUGGAGCACAGGCAGAAGGAGGCCCGGGCUGGUCUGAAUCAGCUGGGACUCUCAUCAGUUCCGAAGGCUAAAGCCGAGAAGGGAUGGGCCUGGUGCGUUCAAGGCCGUCAGACACCCGACAUAUCAGGACUGCAGAAGGCGGCCAGCCUGGCAGAUCUUCGCAACUCAGAGGUAGAGGUAGUUCGAGGCCUUUGCCGCGCAGAGGGCUUCGCGCCGUGCCCGGAAGGUGAGCGGCCGUUCUACGGCGAGUCCCGCGCCCAUGGCGAAGAGCUGUGGGACGGCCGGAUGCGAGGCGGCGAGUUGGCCAGGACGGGUGGAGUUGACGAGCGUUCGGAAGGCAAGUGGCAAGCGAGGAACGGCUGGGCUGGCACCUUCCCGCUGAAUCAUCAGAGGGGCUGCAUGCCAUGGGCCAGCUGAGUGUCACCCUGCACCGGGCACUCCACAGGAUCCCGCCUUUGUGUGCGACCAAAGCUGGAAGCACCAGCUGCCAAUUUCACAAGAAUUUAGAUAUCCAAGAGAGACAAUACAUAUCCGG